CUACCAAAAAGGUCAAGAGGUCCACUAUAAAUGCCGCCUUUUACACAACAUCUUUUUAUUUCUUAUAUCACCUCUUCGUUAUGUCGGAAGAAGAAAAUCCACAAACAAGUCUAGAGUUUUACUUAUAAAUACCGCCUUUUCUACAACAUUCGCUUAUUUCUGGUAUAUCUUCUUCGUUAUCUCCGAACAACAAAAUCCUCAAAAAAUACUACCCGAAUAGAUAAUCCAAUGGCUACACCUUGUUAUCGGAUGAAAGAAAAAGCUCGUGUGAUGCUUGUUGAUCACAACAAGGAGUUCGAUACUGAGAUGGUUGAGUUGCUAAAGUCGUGUGAAUAUAAAGUUAUGAUGGUUGGUGACGCUUCCACAGCCAUGACAAUGCUCUCCAAAGGAAAAGAAAAAGUCGAUGUGAUGAUAAUCAAUGUCCAUUCACCGGACCAGCUUUCCUUCCGGCUUUUGUCUCAAGCUGUGGCCUUGGCUAUUGUUUCACUCCUUGUAUGUGACGAACACAAUGAAUUGUUAGCAAAGAAGGCUUUAAAAGAUGGAGCUUACCUUUUUCUGAAAAGACCACUUGACGAGGGAAUUGUGAAAUACUUGUGGCAAUUUGUAUAUAGGGAAAAACACCAAAAGGAGAAAGCGAAAGAAGGGUCAGAAAUUGGUAACACUAAUGUUGGAGAUGAGGAACAAGCUGGAGAAAAGAAUCUUCCUAAUACUAUGGAACGAAGCAAUAAUAUUCAUGGGGCUGAAAACGAUGUCAUAUCGAAUGAAAAAUACAAGCUGAGGAGGAAGAGAGAUAGAAAAAGCAUAAAAGAGACUAAUGAAGGAGAAAGCCAGAGCAGUGCUAAUAAGGUUGUUAGGCAAAGGGUUUGCACAAAAUGGACUGUGGAUCUUCAUGCCAAAUUCGUUGAAGCAGUGCAUCAACUUGAUGAAGGAAGGUGUUACCCGAAAAACAUUCUUGAGGUGAUGAAUAUGCCUAGUCUUACUAGGAUGCAAGUUGCAAGUCAUCUUCAGGUAAAUUAUUAGAAAAAUUAAAGUUGUAAAUUAUGUAUCAUUUGUGUAUGUUUGGAACGGGGAAAGUUAUUUUGGAACAUUAUAUAUUUUAUAAAAUUAUAUUUCAUAUUGGUUACUAGAAAUUAUUUUGCUUGGAAAGAUUUUACAUCAAACACUUGUGAGAGAAGUCAUUUUUUCUACAACUAUCUCAAUUUUAAUUUAUAUCAAUAAACGUUUAUCAGAAUAAGAAUUAAUUCUAUAUCACUUUCACCAAUAAAUAAUUAGACAUUAUUAUCAAUCUUUAGUACUCAAAAGUUUUAUCACAACACUCACACAUUAGAAAGGCAUAGCGACAGACCUUUGUUGCAUGUUUAAUUACAAAAGUUAUUCAUUGCUAAUAUCUAUUUUUUUGUGGUGACUAUUCAAUUCAAUAAUUUUAUUAUCAAUCUUUAAUUAAUUUUAUUUCAAAAGAUUUUUAUCAUUCACCAAUUGUCAAACACCAAAAAUGUUUUCUUUCAAAAAUGACUUUCGUUGUUUCAAAUACACCUAAAUCACAAUGAGUUCAAAUGAUAAAUGUAUCUCCAUGGUCCAACUCUCCUUUCAUUUGUUUCUUCUAAUACCCCUCAGAAAUGUCGUAAUAACAAAUGGAGAGCUCCAGAAGAGCGAAAAUCUAUUCGUCGCCCAUCAAGUAAAGGAUCCUCAAGUGAUUCUCUACAAAGAAGUAGCCUUAGAAAAGUUGGGACAACAUCUCGUCUUCAAAAGAAUGUUUCAAAUAUGCAACAACAACAACACCGUAACCCAAAUCAAACCCAAAGAGCCAAAGAGUUCUCAUUUUCAUCACUUAAUACCAACAACAUUUUUGCUAGAGGAGAGAGUUCAACUCAACAGCAGCUUAUCAUCGUCGAAAACUUCAAGUUCAACCCCACUACCUUAGCAUUGGAAACCCAUUCAAUAACUCAUUUUUGUCGACCCAAAGUAAUGUUGGUGGUGGACUACAACAACAUGGACCAUUAUUUGGAAUGGUGGAUUCACAAGGACUAAAAGACCCAAUUAUUGGGAGCAUUAAUAAUAGGCCUGGGUUGGAGCUUAACAGUGGGGAUCAUCAUACUCACAAUGGCUACAACUUAGAUCUCAAUGUGGCCUAUGUAACAACGUAUUCAGGUAGCGCAAUAAUGUCUGGUACACACAAUGGAAAUGCGGCAAUUAAUGAAUUAGAAGCAGCAAAUGCUAAUUUCCAGCAAUAUAUUGGUGAACCAAACAUGUCUGAUCCAACCAAUAUUGUCGCGACAUCACAAGCGAGUGAUACUAAAGGAAGUGAUUCAAAUGAGAGGAAAAAUUAUGGUGUGUAUUUCGAUUUCAAUAAUAUAGAUUAUAUCUUCCAGAACCUUGGACCUCCAGGUGCUGACCUACCUUAUGAACAAGGCAAUGCGUUUGAUCAAGUUUAAUCUGAUGAUCAGGGACAAGGUUCUUAAACAAUGGGGCGGACCAAAGAGAAGCCUGAAGUCGUGCAAUGAAAGUUUUUGAUCAUAUGUGGUAUGCAUAUAAUGGAAGUUUAUGCUUAAUUGAGCAUAUGUAUAUGCAUACAAAACUGAAGUACUAUGUACUUAGUAUAUAUGCAGUUGACUUUCAAGUAAAGAAAGUAUUUAUAAUGUUCGGCUUGAGAAUGCUUUUGUAGUUUGUUAAAUGUUAUUGGAUGUUUUUAAUAGCUAUAUAUUAAUUUUAGAAAAUUUGGUUGUCAAUAGUAUUUGUAUCGAAUGAUUUAAUUAUUUUU